GCGCUUCCUUGUGGUCGGUUUGUGAACUACAGUGAGGUUGUGUCCGCAGCUGGCGGCAGGAGCUGUCUGUUAGCUUUUGUUUGUAGCCUGCUUAGGUACUACAGUCCAUUUUAGCCCCGCUGCUUGGCCUUGGCAGAAAACAUCAAAGUUGCAGACAUGCCAAGUCUUAAGCUGAUAUCUGCCACCGACACACAAUAUUCAACCGCUGUGUUGAAGUCCAUGAAUGAGCAGCGAAGUCAUGGAUUAUUUUGUGACGUCACCAUCAUCAUACAGGACAAGAAGUUCAGAGCUCACAAAACCAUCUUGUCUGCCUCAAGUACAUACUUCCACCAGCUCUUCAGUGUGGCCGGACAGGUGAUUGAGCUAAACUUCAUGAGGGCAGAAAUUUUUGAAGUGAUUCUGAAUUAUAUUUACAGUGGCAAGAUUUUCAGAGCGCGAUCAGACAUCCUUGAAGAGCUCAUAAAUGCUGGACAAAUUCUGGGAGUGAAGUUCAUUGCAAACCUGGCCACACCAUUAUCACAAGUUAAAGGUCUGCCUGGUUUAUCAAAAGAGACAGAAAGUAAAAGUGACACAUCCUCAGAGAUGAUGCCGAUCAUCACGGAGUCCUUCUCGAUAUCUACAGAAGAAUUCAAUCAGACUGUCACACCUGCAGGUAACGAUGAGGACUCUGACAGCGAAGUUAUGUUUGUCUCAAAAACAGAUGCUCAAACCAGAGCAGAUCAGAAAAACAAACCUGGUGAAGUUAUUGAUUUAGACACUAUAGAUUCAGAAAAUGAAUCAUCAAAGCAAAAUGAAAAUGCAGCAAAAGAACAAGACAAAUCCACAGCUGAAGUGAAAACACAUCCUGCAAAUAAUCAGAGUGUCACGAGUGCAAAACCCAGUUUAAAAGACAGCAGUCCUCUGCACAGUCCUGACAGCAGUUCCAAUAACUUGUCUUCCCCUGCCAGAGUUUCCUCAGGAAGUGCUCCGACAACACCAGCCAGGCCAAGCAGUUUCACCCCUGAGCCCUCAAGUGCUUCACAGUCCGCUGACAACAGUGAUAUAAUGGGAGUUCAAAAGAAGCAAGUUGCUGCUACAGCUCUGCAAGGAGAUUCCAAAAUAAGGCUCCUGGAUGUGUCUGACAGCUCAGCAAAUAGAAACAGCUCAGCAAAUAGAACUAACAUUCCCAAAUCAGGCAUAACAGCAAAAAAGACAGUUACUCUCCAAACAGCCACUGAAAUUGACUCUAUUUCUAAAGGCUGUAAAGUGUACGCAAAUAUCGGCGAAGACACUUAUGACAUCGUCCCACUGAAAGAAGAUCCAGGUGAAGGAGGAUCUAAAGCCAAUAAAGGCAAAAGAGCAUUGAUGGCAACACCCCUCAAGCCUUUUGAUAAGAUGCCUGUGUCACCGAAGGCUGGCCCCAACAAGAAGAAGAGCAAAAACGAACUUGAAGACCAUUAUGAGCUCAUCAUGGACGGGAAGACUUUCUAUGUGUGUAUUGUGUGUAAGCGUCCUUAUGUGUGUCUGACGAGCCUUCGGCGUCACUUCAACACUCACUCAUGGGAGAAGAAGUACCCAUGCCACUACUGUAACAAAGUGUUUGCCCUAGCAGAAUACAGAACUAAACAUGAAAUCCAUCACACAGGAGAGAGGCGGUACCAGUGUUUGUUGUGCAACGACACCUUCUUGAACUACCAAAUACUGUCAACCCACUGCAAGCAAGUCCACAACCAGGACCCCAGCGGGAGGAAAGAGAAAGAUGACGCAGGAAAUAACCUGUACCGCCUGCUGCCUUGUAAAAGUGUGCAGAUGAAGGCGUACUCGUGGAGUACUGAGGGGCAGGGUGUCCCCGUCGUCUCCGAGGACGGCAGCGUGCAUCAUAUAACCUCUGGUGGAGAGGACGUGAACCCGUCCACCCAGAGAAGAAUGUUGAACUGGGACGACAUCUUCAUGGAACCUGAUUCUCGGAUGCCGCAGAACAUCCAACCCAGGGCGGCAGUGAACGCUCCUCCUCCUGCAACAGCAGAGUUUGACUUUUCAAUACCGGAGACGUACUGAGCGACAGGCUGCACUUCUUCAUGUACCUGUGCCUUUAAGGUGCCCUCAUGUCAAAAACAUUGUCUUUCUAUAAUGUGCGAUAGUGUAAGCUCGCCCAUGUUACUUGGCUUAAAUAAUUACGCAGAUCGUCUGUAUAAUUGGAAGAAAUAAUAAUGAUAUUCGCAGUAAAUCAUGAGAUGCAGUAAAAUAAAAUGUAAAGUGAAUAAUGAACAGUCCUCACAGGGAACAACAGCUGCUCCACUAAAUGUGUAAAAACAUUACUGGGAAAAGCAAGUUUAGUGGAAAAGGACUCAGAAUAAUGUUGGUGCUUUAUUUCUUUUGGACUUGAGCCUCAAAUUCUGCUUUAGCUAAAAGAUUUCAGCAAAUGGAAGCACAAAGAAAAACAAGUGUCCCAACGUAUUUAUUUCAGCAGUCUUUUUAAAAUAACUUAAACUAAAUAUUUGGACCAUGUUUUCUGAUGAUAUGAAUCAUAAUAUCUGUCCCCUGAGGUCAAUUUCAUGGAAUAGAAAAGGGGGCACUUAUUUAAAGAUGUCCAAUCAGGUGUAUUUUUGUCUUGGAGCAGGGUACGCUCAUGUAUUCAAUGUUCACCAUAUUAAGUUAAAGUUGCUGGAACUGUUUAUUAUCAGCUUAUGCUUAAAUUAUGAAACUUCUUCCAGGAUCUGGCGGAAACUUCACAGACUUUUUUGAGAAAUCAUUCCUGCUUUCCGUUCGAGCCUUUUCUACCCUUUUUCUUCCUUGUUUGUACAAGAGAAUGUUAAAUAUGAAUUGAAAUAUAUUUUAUAUUAAGUGACUGUUGGCAAUCCUGUACUUUGAGUACUGUGGCAGGGAAGAUAUUCAAUGAUUAUUUAAUUUUUCAGUGGCUGUAAAAAGAAAAAAAAAAUUUACAUGUUUGUUCUUAUCACCUCCUGUUUUAAUCCACAUGUAUGUUUUUUUAAUUGUCAUGUCAUGAAAUGUUUUUAAUGCCAAAAUCUGCAGGUGGCGAUAGACUAGGCUAGACAUGUUAAUUACAGUUGUGAUAGGAUUGACAUGAAUUGAUAAUGUAUCAGCCCGUACAGAUAGCACUUAGUAACAGAUCAUUCAAAAGACUUAUGUAAUAAUGUCACUUUUUCUUUGUGAGAGAAUGUAGCGGUCAGUGCAAGUAAACAGUAGUACUAAUAUGAAAACUAUCCUCCAUUAUGUCAUCAGUAAAAAUUUCAGUUGGUUUUUUUAAUAAACAGAUUAACCGUG